ACGUUAAAUAACAGAACCAUUCAGUCCUCACAUCAUCAAAUCGAAAAGCAAAAUCCGUGGUUAUAACUGAAGCCCGUCCGCACACCGAAAAUGAAUGACGCAGAUGUAUCCAAGCAGAUCCAGCAGAUGGUGCGGUUCAUCCGCCAAGAAGCCGAAGAGAAGGCCAAUGAGAUCUCCGUCUCUGCCGAAGAAGAAUUCAAUAUAGAGAAGUUGCAGCUAGUGGAAGCGGAGAAGAAAAAGAUCAGACAAGAGUACGAGCGCAAAGAUAAACAAGUUCAAGUCCGCAAAAAAAUUGAAUACUCCAUGCAGCUCAAUGCUUCUCGAAUCAAGGUUCUUCAAGCUCAGGAUGACUUGGUUAACUCAAUGAAGGAGGCUGGAUCAAAAGAGCUUUUGAACGUGAGCCAGAAUCAGGGCAGCUACAAAAAUCUUUUGAAAGAUCUCAUUGUUCAGAGUUUGCUCAGACUGAAAGAGCCAUCCGUCUUAUUGCGCUGUCGUAAAGAAGAUGAAGGUUUUGUGGGGUCUGUCUUGGACUCUGCAAAGAAGGAGUAUGCAGAGAAGGCAACAGUUCAUCCACCCGAGAUCAUAGUUGAUAGUGUCUACCUUCCACCUGCUCCAUCUGAUGCUACUGCUCAUGGUCUUUUCUGUUCUGGAGGCAUAGUAUUGGCUUCUCGAGAUGGGAAAAUUGUUUUUGAAAACACUCUUGAUGCUAGGUUGGAUGUUGUGUUCCGUAAGAAACUUCCAGAGAUCCGCAAGCUUCUCUUUGGUCAGGUUGCCGCCUAAUCAGUUGAAAGCGUUGCAGAUUCAAGCUUUAAUUGUUCUAAAGUUGGUCAUUGUCGCUUGUUCUGCAAUUUUACAUCUCUGUUGCUUGCGUAAGGUUGCUCUUAGCCGAUUUGUGUAUUGUUUUGGGCAGAUUGAGAGCCUGUAUUGUUGGAAGUAUAAUUUAUUCGUAUUAGCUUCAUUCUGCUAUUUUUGACUCUUGAUUACAAAUUUGUAGAAUAAGCGGAAGCUGAAGUGUUUGUUGCAUUGAGAUGAUAAAUGAGAUUUGAGUUAAAAUGGUUGUUAAUUCA